AUGGCGCUUUUAAGUAACCAGAAUUUGAAUUGUAGUAGUAAUUACGGCGAGGACGUCGUUGCCCGAGUCAACGUCCUUGCCUCCUGCUACAUUGUCGACUCAGCUGCCCAGCUCAAGGGCAUCCACUACUGCACUACCGGGGCUGCAGGUAUGUUCUCCAAGACUUCCUCUGACUUGACAACGCUAUAUCCCGGGCGGAGUGGUAUUCCUGAGGUCCCUACCUCAGGACUACCUUCUCCUCCAACAAGCCCCCCCCUCGCCGCGCUGACUUCGUCUAACGAGCUCGCUCUUCUUCCGAAGAACAAGAAGCGCGACAAUUCGGGCCACCGUCGCCCGGAGCGACGAGGGGGGGCAGCACUCACGAUCAGGGAAGAAUGUGAGAGAUUCUUUUGUGAGCCCAUGAAGACAGCAUUCCACGGUGAGAGGAACCUGUCGAUGAAUGGCUCCGGCCUGUCAGGUGCUUAUUUACAAACGCCGCCAUCAGAGAGCCGGUUAUCCGACGCCUUCCGGCAGAGCAUGGACAUCAAGUCGCAGGGAUUUGAAGUCGAUGCCUGGAUGGAAGUUUGGGAUUACGCUGGUGGUGCGAGCUUUCGGGCCUUUGUGGCAAAUAACGGACAGGAGAAAUCCUUGUUUGUCUUUUUUGACAUUGAAGGUGUCAUGGGACGAGAUCUCAAGAAAGCUCUUAUGGCUCUUAUCGAACUUGCCGAUGGCCCUUUGGAAUGUGCACACAUCGUGACUUGCAUUGAUCGCCGCAUACCCUUUGAGGAAGCACACGAAUUGACCAAGAGCCUUCAGUGGGUUGGAUUCGAAAUGACCACUCUAGACCACUGGGCAAAUCACCUCGAUGUAACGAGCAAACGGUGGGUAUUUAUGGGCAUGGAACUCUAG